AUGACGAAGUCUAAAUCGAAGAAGAGAAAGCAGAAUGCGCCGUCCGACGUACCCAACAAAGUCGCCAAGACGAAUGGCGUGACGAUUACUCCUCCACCUGACAGCGACGGCGACGGCGCAUCACUCGAACCCAAGAGCUUACAGACGGUCAUUUCGGAUGAAGAACUCGAGAUUACGGUUGACACUCUCAAGACACUCGCACAAUACCCAGGCCUGAUCAAGUCAAGGCCAUGUAAGGACCUUCGCGUGGCUGUCUACGACUUUCGGCAGGCCUCGGUCAGCGAUGCUCCCGGAUCAAACCUCAGUCUCACUGCCCGAAUCACUUCUGCCCUUACCGAUGAACGAUAUACCGAAGCGAGAAUCCUUCUGGCUGAGAUGAGAAUUCGCGAUCAAGAACCGAAACUCGGUGCCCUGUGUCGAUGGGUCCGAGACCUGGACGUUAUCAGCGGAUUAUCGACAAUACCUGGAGGAGAUGGAACUGCUAUUCAGCGUAGUGAACGAGACGAGCAACGCCUUCGCGUUAUUGAUGCUGUCCUACGAGUUACCGGCCCUGUCGAUAUCAAUCCAGAGGCCCUGCCCAUCUCAACAACGCCCGGCAUCGCCCUUCAAGAGAUCUGGGAUCUCCGCCCCUCUACACCAUCAGAGCAAGUCUAUGCUUCCGUCCUAGACAAGUCAAUCUUUGACUCCGCGCCAGCAUCUUUGGCGACCGGCCUUCGCAUGAUCGAGAAAACCCCUGGUCCUCAGCGCAAGCCACCUAACCAUCAUGAUGCACUUCUUUAUACUUCCGCCCCAAAUACAGUUCCUCUUGCCACAGACCGGCCCUCCGUAUCAUAUCAGCCGCACCCGGUUGUCCCUGACCUCGGGGUCUUGAGCAAUGUUCUUUCGCCAGAGGAGUGCAAGGCCAUCAUUGCCGCAGGUGAAACUGUCAAUUUUCUCCCCGAUGCUCCUCUCCGCGAGGACGGAGACAUCAGCAUUCUAGCACACAACUUUUAUUGGGUUGUCGACCCUCUCUUUCACGACACCCUCUGGUCACGCGUUGCACCACACGUCCCCGCCUCCGUUAGGGGACGUCAAGCCCGCGGCCUCAACCGUCGCUUCCGCGUAUAUCGUUACGUUCCUGGUGCUGAGUACCGUGCUCACAUUGACGGGGCGUGGCCACCCUCUGAUGUACUUCCUGAUGACACUUAUGUGUACGAUGCAUCGCCCAAAGACAAAAAGCAAAGUUCGCUCUUCACGUUCCUGAUCUAUUUGAAUGACGAGUUCGAGGGUGGAGAGACAACUUAUUUCCUACCUGCGGCGCGGGAAGGAACCCUUAAUGCGUACCCAAUCCGCCCAGUGAUGGGAAAUGUAGCCUUGUUCCCGCAUGGAGACACUAGAGGCGCGCUACUGCAUGAGGGGACGGGCGUGAGAAAGGGGGCUAAGUAUGUCAUCAGGACAGAAGUGGAAUAUGAUGUUGAGCCAUCUGAAUAA